CAUUAGGGCUCAGCCCAUUUGAGCUCCUAUAUGGAAGACCAUUCCUAAGAAAUGAUAUCCUUAAAGAUCAGGAAACUGCAGAUUUAGUGGCUCAUAUCACAAAGUUGGCCAAAUUUCAAACUGAGAUCUGUAAAUACCCUGCAUCUGAGCCAAUCACUUCUCCACCUCUGUAUGAGCCUGGAGAUCUAGUCAUGAUAAAAACCGUACCUUCAAGUUCUCCAAAUUUAGACCCUAUUUGGAAAGGACCUUUUCCUGUAAUCUUAUCUACCCCCUCUGCAGUAAAAGUGCUGGGACAAGAGAACUGGAUUCACCACUCUCGAGUUAAAGCCUGUCAUCCUGAGUCGACUCCCAAAGAAACUUCCUCCCAAGGAACUGAGGAGCGAUACUCCUGCACUCCGAUAGAGGACCUAAAAUAUCUCUUCCGCAGAGACAAUGGUGAUAUGUAAACUUUUCCUCCUCUCUUUCUUUAUUAUUGUAGGCAGAUCCACUGAAACUAAUUCUUUCCUAAAUUGGGCCCAGCAAUAUGCCACUAAAUUACAAAAAGAUAAUUGCUGGAUAUGUGGACUAUUACCCCUUUCCAGCACCUCUGGACUACCUUGGUGGGUAUCUCCUUUACAGGGAAAUGACUGGACAAAUUUACAGUCCUUAAUAUUAGAACAAAAGAAGGAAAAACCCUCCUUACAAACUGCUACUCGUGCCAAUGUUAGCUUAUGGCCUAUCAAUGAAACUCUAUCACUACCAGGUCAUAAAAAGGCUUUCACUUUAGAGCAGACCAAUGUUCAAAUUUCUACGGCUGUUAAGUCACAUGCAGGCCCAUUCACUUCUAACUCUCCACCACCGCCACCAAUAUGUCACAGAUACAAAGACGGUUAUUAUCAGGUUUGGGAUGGAAAUUUAUGGCUUACACCCACCAUUGGGCAUCUAAACCAAAAGGCCCCAAUCUGUUGGGAACAACAUAACCAUACUUAUGAUAUAUGGCCUAAUAGUACUUGAGAAUUAGGAUGGACCCCAGAGUCACAAUGCCAACAAAUUGUAAUUUUACAAGCCAAUGAUUGGUUUGGAACUAAUUGGCUCUCUAGGCCUGAAAUUAGCUGGCCAGCACCCAAUGGAACACAAUGGAUAUGUGGAACUAACUUAUGGCCCUGGCUUCCCCCAGGCUGGAUAGGAAGAUGUACUAUUGGGUACCCCUGGAUGCAAGGGAGAUGGACCCCAAGUAUAGAACAGCCAGCAAAUCUCCCCAAUCUCAAACAUAGAUGGGGACGAUCUGUUUUUCGUUGGUAUGAUCAUUUAGCUUCAAUGUUUAUCCCACAAAUUGGUUUAGAAAGUGUAAUGUGGCAUGUGGAGACCCUAAACAAUUAUACCCAAACCGCCCUCCAUGAUGUUGGAGAAAGCAUUUCUCUCCUUAAUACAGAAGUGACACUCAUGAGGAAAGCUGUCUUACAAAACCGGAUGGCUUUAGACAUCCUCACUGCAGCCCAAGGCGGUACUUGUGCUAUUGUUAGAACUGAAUGCUGUGUUUACAUCCCUGACAACUCUAACAAUGUAACUAACAUCCUUAAAGAUUUACAUUCUCAGAUAGAGGCCAUGUCCUCUCCAGACUCAUCAUGGGAACAAAUUCUUAGUUCCUGGUUCUCUGGUACCUCCUGGUGGAAAACAUUAUUAGUCUCUAUAAUCAUCAUCAUACUCAUUGGUGUGUUCCUAUGCUGUGGCAUUUACUGUUGCAUUAAUCUUAUCCCGGUACUCAUAACUUCUUGUUUCUCUUAUAGACCGCCCAUCUCUCAAAUGACCCUCCAACCUAUCACUCUUCAACCAGACCAUGGACCCCUUGAUCGACCCAAUUUAUAA